AUGGCUGGGGUUAAGCGCAGAGCCGAUGCCACGGAAGCGUCCAACAGCAAAAGGACCAAGUCAAAAUCCUCGUCAAAGUCGGUUGAAGCUAAGGGAAAGGCGAAAGCUGGCUAUGCCAAAGCUUCUAAGGUAACUGAGGUGGAGAGCGACGAGGAUAUGUUUGAUGAAGAGGAUGAAGAGGAUGAGGAGGAACCCAGCAAUGAAUCCGAUCUCAGCCACUCGGAGAAGGAAGAUACCCAUUCUGGAAAGGAUAAUACUACAAACGGCGAUUCCGAAAAUAAAUUAAGCACAUCCAGAGAAUCACACGCAAAGCAAAAAGCGCUUGCACAAGAGCGCAAAGCAGCCAGACCCAACGCCGACGCCAUUGCCCGCACAAAGAAGAUUUGGGAAAGACUACGACGAAAAUCCCAUGUCCCCCGGGAAGAGCGCAAGAAGCUCGUUACCGAAUUAUAUGCUAUUAUCACGGGCCGUGUGAAGGAAUUCGUUUUUAAGCAUGACUCUGUCCGAGUUAUCCAGACGGCGCUUAAAUACGCUAACCUGGAACAGCGGAAGAAUAUCGCCGUGGAAUUGAAGGGCGAUUACCGGAGUUUGGCAGAGAGCAAGUACGCGAAGUUCUUGCUUGGCAAGUUGCUUGUACAUGGCGAUGCAGAAAUUCGGGACUUGAUCAUUCCAGAGUUCUACGGCCAUGUGAAGAGACUUGUUAGGCAUCCAGAGGCCUCGUGGAUUCUGGACGAUAUUUACCGAACCGUGGCUACUCCCUUGCAGAAAUACAAGCUACUCCGAGAAUGGUAUGGGAUGGAGUUUGUCCUUAUGAAGGAUGACAUUAGUGAUGAAAUUUUGUCGCUGCCACAGAUCUUGGAGAAAAGCCCGGAGAAGCGUGCGCCGGUGCUACAGCACCUUCACGGGAUGAUUAACCAACUUAUCCAAAAGAAGACUACCGGAUUCACUAUGCUUCAUGAUGCCAUGUUGCAAUAUUUCUUGAGCACCAAGCCAGGAAGCACCGAGGCGAACGAGUUCAUAGAACUUCUCAAGGGAGAUGAAGAGGGAGACCUGGCUAAGAAUCUGGCUUUCACCAAGUCUGGUGCACGGCUGAUGUGUCUCGCGUUGGCGUACUCGAAUGCCAAAGACCGAAAGCUAUUGCUUCGAAUGUACCGUGACACCGUGAAGCUGAUGUCCGGUGAUGUACAUGGCCAUACCAUUCUCCUGGUCGCAUACGAAGUCGUCGAUGAUACAAAGUUGACGCACAAGCUACUCUUGACUGAGCUGCUUACCCAGGACGAUCUCGUCCCACGAACUAAUGACCAGCUAGCCCGCAUCCCCUUGCUCUAUUCGUUUGCCGGAAACAAAAACGGAUGGCUGAUCACCGACACAGACCGUCAAAUCCUCGAUGAAGUAAUUGAGAUUAGGUCGCAAACAUCCAAGAAGGAUCCUGAAGUCCGGCGAGGUGAACUCAUCGCCGCCGCAUCCCCAGCUCUCCUCGAAUGCAUCGCUGCAAACGCAGCUGCCCUUGCAGAAACCAGCUUUGGAGCUCGGUUCAUUACAGAGGUCCUUUUCGACAGCACCGGCGACAAGGCCGCCGCGCUUGAGGCUGUUGCUGCACUUGGGGAAUCCGAGGGCGACGUCCUAAAGUCUCCAAACGCAGGCCGAAUGUUGAAAGCUCUCGUUCAAGGCGGUCGAUUCAAUAACUUUACAAAGAAAGUAGAGCCAGUGCAGCCUCCGCUGAACUUCAACUCGCUUCUAUACAACCACAUCAAAGACAACGUGAAGUCGUGGGCAACGGAAUGGAAUCCCUUCGUGGUAGUUGCGCUGCUAGAGUCCGAGGGCUUCGAGAAGAGAGACGAGCUCAUUGCAACGUUGAAGAAGAGCAAAAAACAACUGACGGAGCUUGCAUCUGCAGGUUCGAAGAAGCCGAAGGGUGAAGGCGAGGAGAAGCGCGACCCUGCGAGCAGCGCUGCAAAGCUGCUCCUGGAGAAAAUUGCAUGA